CACGAGGCAACCUUGGAACUAAUCCGACCUUACGACGCGACCUUCGUCGCUCAUUUCUAUCAUCAACUUCCAACAAUGUACCUCCAGCCAAUUCCUCUAGCAGAUGCCUGACAUCGUUUAUUUAGGAAAUGCUGGCGUCCACCUUUAUUGAUAUUAUGUCCCUUAAUCAGUGAUUUUACUGUUUCGGCCCUGGUUGGCUUCUGUUAUCAUGCUUAUUAGAGACUCAAAUCAAAAAUAUCACUUCUCACUAAGUUCACUCAUGCUGCGUUACCUGAUAUGAAAUUUCUCUUGUUGUUAAUUCGGCUCUCGAUUUAUUAAACGAGACGUGCUUCUGAAUCAUUUUCGUAACUUAUUUUUUUUUUUUUUUCUCCCUUCUGUUUUUCUCUUCUACAUCGCGCCACUCAUCAGGAUGAGGCGCCCACUACACUCAAUCUGUGCUCUGUGCCUAGGCACCUUGAAUCUCUUAGCAGGCGCAGAUUCGCUAAGAUUCCCGUCUUUGAAGAAAGGCCCGAACUCAUCGUCAAUCGGUAUGGGCUCUGAUGAGACUGACCUACCAUCCUUACUUCAUGCACAGAACAACCAGCAGAGCGAGGUUUUUUCAGAUGCUAUUAAAAUUCUCGACUCCAUGAAGUCAUCACCUUCUUGUAACCGGCUGGCUGCGGCUAAUUUAAUUUUGUCCUGUCAAUCACUCGGUGGGGAUGACGGGACCCAAAAGGCCGGGCUCUCCGACUCUCUAGACAAUGUGAAGUCAUUGUUCGCUGCUAGGCUUGCUGUUUGCGAACUUAUCGGCGCUGGAGCUGCGAUACCCGAGCAAUGUCCUCCUAUUCUUAUUACUCACCCGACAUAUAGGCACCCGGAUGCAGAGGAUCCUGUUCAACCCUCCCAUCUGGCGCCAUGCUUGAACUCCCUAGAAUCUCGACCCCAAUGGUGGACGAGCUAUAGUAACAACAGACAAAAUGCGGCUGUCAUGUGCCAGGCAGCACGGACAGAGAUUGAGCGCGAGGAUGACCUCAAGCGGUAUAAGAAUUUGAUGGACAUCACCUCUAUUUUGAAUGACUCGCUGAACCAGACACUUACCUCAGCAGCUAUGGAGACAUCUCGGCAGAGAGCAUUUUUAAAAAUCGUGGAUGACAUGCGAAACACACUUUUGCAAGACCUGGAGGAUGGGUUUUUACGAUAUCAUGAUAUAACGACAAAGGUAUUUGAUGAUGUCGAAGGAGUGCAAAUUGUUAUGGCUGCUGCAAGAUCGGAGGCAGCCAAUGUGAAAGAGGAUCUCCAUUCUGCUUCAAAUUCGAUGCACGAGCUGAAACAGGUUCUUAAUGAAAUUCACUUGAGUACAACAAAAAGGGCUGCGGAGAUGGCUGCGGCUGAACAGGAGAAUCAUCAAGCGAACCUAGCACUGGUUUCGUCCGUGAGGCAGUCGGCCGAACAUCUAAGGAACCAAGACCUGGAACCCAUCAUUGAAAGCUUUGGCAAGAUAUAUUAUUCUAUGCACGCCGUAGAAGACUUCAUGAGGUCUAUGGAGGCUAGACAUGAUGGCCUGGAUUCACGCAUGAAAUUGUUCGAGCAGGCGUUCCAACAGUUUGAAACUACGGCGGUCGCACUCCAGCAGGUUCAGCUGCAGCACCGUCACGACCAAAAAUCAUUUCAAACAGACCUAAGAAUUACUCAAGCGAUUUUGAAAGACGUCACUGCCUCGACAGCAAAUCUUCAAACUUCGAUCGAGAACUCUUAUGCGGUUUUCCGCAAGCUCACCACUUUUGGUGGAGCUGUCACAUCCGUGGCUUGGUGGACCCUGUCAACAGCAGUUGUGUUCCUCAUCUUGCUAUACCCUAAAUUCACUGGAGCGGCGCUUAUCUUUCUAGCAUCCGCUUUCGCAACAUACUGCAUGGGGGUUUCCAGCUGGCUUCAGACCGUGAGAGCAUCUUCGACUUAUACAACCCAACAGCUAACGAAUGCCAUCUACAUCGUUAGUUUCAGCCUCGGUAUCGCGUCUGUCCUUUGCACAUUUCUCUACCUUGCCGCACAUCAUAUUUUGCCUCGCAUCCGACGACAUACAGUUCAAACGACAAAUGGAGACUGUGUCACAACACUGGAUCCAGCCUGA